CUAAAUAUAUGUUAUUUUAAUAUUUAGAUAUUGAACAUUUAUAAUUCACAAAUUAAGUUCAAUUUAGCUUUGUAAAUGUCAAAUUUCUUGGACAUAAUCUCAAAAUCCACAUUAUCGCCAAGAUUGUAAUUGUUGGCUGUUAAAGCUAUAAUACAAUGUUCUACAUUUAGAGUAAUAUGUUAUGGGCCGGAAGGGUGCAAAAAUGCUGUGCAAUAAGUGUUUGUGCAGCAAAGUGAUGUUACAACAGCUCAAAGGCUACACCUGAAGAAAUGCCACAUUUGCAGCAGGCCUCAACACUUUUCCAUAGUUUCACAAGAUGCGAGGAGGGGCGCAGCUCGUCACGUGUCUGCUUUUGGUUAGCAUUUCGCAAAGCUUUUGCGCAUUUCGAUGCGAUCGUGAGCCAGAAGGUCACAUGCCACCCAAGUCAGAGGCCGACUACCGCUUCAAAAUCCACAUCAGUGGAAAUCCCGACAAAUACGAGCCCGGAGAAAUUUACACAGUCAAUCUGAAAGGUGAACGAAUCCUGCAAUCCCCUCAGAAGUUCACAGGUUUUAUGUUGGUGGUGGAACCCUGGGUAGAUGGCCCUCUGAGGGGUAUGGUGGUCCCUGUGAACGACUACAACACCCGAAACGUGGGCGUUUUUAACUUGUUUGGCGACACCUCAACUAAAUUCAGCGACCGAUGUCCCAACGCUGUAAUACAGACGUCUUCAAUACCCAAGUCUGACGUUCAGGUGCUGUGGACUGCCCCUCCCAAGGGCAGUGGCUGUGUUGCAUUCAGGGCAACUGUUGUGGAAAAUAGUGAUUUUUGGUACAUGGAUGAUGGUCCACUGAGUCGCUUGCUUUGUGAAGCUGUUGAAGAUAAUGACGAUAAUCAACCUGAAGUUGUGAAUCCUUGCUGUGCUUGUGAUGAAGCCAAGUAUGAGGUGACUUUUGAGGGUUUGUGGUCAAGGCACACCCAUCCAAAAGAUUUCCCAACAGGCGGGUUGCUGACAAGAUUCAGUGAUGUAAUUGGAGCUUCUCAUUCUGCUGAUUAUUGGUUCUGGGAUUAUGGUAGCUUUGCUUCAGAAGGUUUGCGCCAGGUAGCAGAGAGAGGCGCCACUCGUAUGCUCGAAAGUGAAUUAAAAGCUCAGAGUGAACAUAUACGGACAAUAAUAAAAGCGCGAGGUAUUAGCUACCCCAACGUGACUCGCAAAACAUUUGCAGUGUUCCGAGUGGACAGGAAGCACCAUCUCAUGUCCAUCGUGUCAAAGAUAGAUCCAUCACCAGAUUGGAUAGUUGGAGUGUCCCGCCUGGAACUGUGCCUGCGGAACUGCAGCUGGGUGGAACACAAAGUUCUGAAUCUGUACCCUUAUGAUGCAGGCACAGACAGUGGAAUCGCAUACAUUUCACCAGAUAUGCCUACAAAGCCACGUGAGACAAUUCGAAACAUCACGUCCACCUAUCCAAAUGACCCAAAAUCUCCAUUUUAUGGUGAGGAGAUGAAGCCUCUGGCUCGUUUGUACCUCACUCGUCAACGGCUUUAUGAAAAGAGCUGUUCAGAUGACACUUCUGGGGGUACUUCUGAUGAUGAUUCUGUAUUGGAUGAACACACAGUAUCUGGAGACUGUGAAGUGAACGAAUGGGGUCCAUGGAGUGCGUGCUCUGUUUCAUGUGGUAAGGGUGUAAAGUAUAAACAGAGAUCUUACAUGGACACUACUAAGGCCCAGAUAAGAUCCUGUAAUAUAAAAUUAACAGCUAAGUAUCCCUGUCAUGGUGCACAUGAGACAUGUAGUUUCCGGGCUGAUGAUGCACUGACAGAUGCACCACUGGACUCCAUUUGUAUUCCGACAGAAUGGAAUUCAUGGUCAAGCUGUUCAGUCACCUGUGGAAGAGGUGUGCGCACGAGAUCUCGUAAAUAUGAGCAGCGUGAAGCGUACAAACGCUGCUCUUCACAUCCUAAAUCACCACGUCUUGAACAGAAUGUUGUAUGUUAUGGAGUGGAGGGAGAGACAUGUGGAGAUUUUGCAGAGACUAGUAAGACAGAAAAGCCAAAUUGCCCAUUAACAGAGUGGUCUGUAUGGAGCCCCUGCAGUGCUACUUGUGGCAAGGGGAAACGUAUACGAACACGCUUGCGAGUUGUAUACAACGAGGAAACAAGGACGAUGUAUGAAUACAUGGAAGAAGGUCAUAAUGGCCCUCUCAGUAUGAAGGACUGUGCAGAUGUACAAAUUAAAGAUGAGGUUGAAUGUGAUGGGGAGUUUCCCUCCUGUGAGAUUACACCAUCAAUGGCAAGGGAGAUAUGCCAGAUGGCAAAAGAUGAGGGUUUGUGCACUGGAAAUAACAGUCGCUGGUACUUUGACUCGCAGGCGGAAGCCUGCCUGCAGUUCUCAUACUCGGGAUGCCGUGGUAACAGGAACAGAUUUGAAAGUCAGGAGGAAUGUGAGAGAAUAUGCCAACAAUACAAAGAGGAACUGAAGGCAAACAGAACAGCCCGCUUGCAUCAUUAUGGUGUCUCCUUGUCUGGAGUAAUAUCAUAUCGUCUUCAUGGACAUGGAAGACUGGAUCAGAAGUGUGAAGGGGAAGAAGAGGAUAUAGCCAUAAUAACUACUGAAUCUCCUGCAUUGCAUGCUGAAAACUUCCUGUUUGGUCCCAACAUGAGCUCUCAUACUCAACUUGUAGAUGCUGAAACUGAUGUGACAGUUAUAAAUUGUGUUGUCGCCCGCUGGUCCCCAUGGUCUGCUUGCAGUGUCACCUGUGGCCGAGGAGUCAAGACCAAGACUAGGACAAUCAAGGUUCAAGCAAAAAAUGGUGGGAAGCCAUGUCCAAAGAAAUUGAAGCGGAAGAAGAAAUGCAAACGGAAUUGUGAUUUGGAAAGUCUAAUUGAUGAGAAUCCUACAUGGGGAGAUGCUAACCCAGUUCAAAGAGUUCAGCCUAUUGACUGUGUUCUGUCCGAAUGGUCUUCUUGGUCUCUGUGUUCCCACACAUGCGGGAUGAAUGCCAUGCGGCAGAGAACAAGGAGUGUGGCUACUUCCAGUAGUGGUGGUGGAUUACCAUGUGGGUCACGUCUGGAGGUCAUACCAUGUGAACUGCUUCCUUGUAAUGACUAAUCAUUACAGAGAAAAGAUCUGUUCUACAAACUCAACAUCCAUUCAUCUACAAUUUUUAUGUUUUCUUGUACAAUGAAGUUUGUAGAUGGCCAUGUACAGACUGAUAAUAAUUAAGUCAUAUCAUAUCAACGGUGAUCUUUCAGAGUUUCAAUUUUCUUGUGAUUAGUAUAAGUAUAUAAGAAUAAUAACUUUAUUAUUUACAAAACUAUUCUAUAAGUUUAAUUAUUAACAGUCUAAUGUAGAUAAUUUCUGUAAAUAAUGUACCAUUUGUUAGGUAAUUAUGUCAUUUGAAUGUUUUUUUAUUUUUCUGUAUCCUUCCAGUUGCCAUAUAAUUUAUUCUUUGUACUCAAAUUUCUCAUCCUGCUUCAUUUAAUAUUUUUAACCUUAUUCUUAAGUAAAUGUAUUUUAACCCUUUCACUUCUCCACUUAUAAGGAACUAACAAGGUUCUCACAUUUAGGGUUCUUUCCUUGCAAAAUAUUGCAUAUGUUGCUCGAGUAAGUUUGUGAGAUUCUAUAAAUUUUAGAGGGAAAAAUUUACUAUAUUUUCAGACCACUGUUUUUUUAAUAUUGUGCUGAAUUUAAAUAUUCACACAUGAGCACUGUGUUUUACAAAAGGAUAUGUUCCUUGAAAGCAAUUUUUAAAUUAAUAUUUAGUAAAGGUAAUAAAAUUUUACAUUAGUUUAAAGGAAAUAAGUACAGGAGAGAGCCCAAGUUAAAAUAUAUGAGUAGAAAGGGAAGGUAGAUAACUGUAUGUAGUGUGCAUAUAUGUAUUUAUUUAUUUAUUGUCAUAAAUGGUAACUGAUGAUCACUUUGGCCACAUGGUAUAAGAUAUGUAUGGUUUUAGACUGCUCAAUCUACUGAGAAUGUAUGUUUGAAUCUUAUUU